AUGGCGUCGCUGCCUGUGGUUUCUCUUCCAUUACCUUUGCUCCUCCUCGUUCAUCUAUACAUCCUCGAUUAUCCUAAUGUGAAUGACCCAGAGUAUGGACCAGAUCUGUUCAACCCGCGCGUUCGAGGGCUGCGCGAUAGGACGCGGUCAAUGGAGGAUAUCUUCUAUUUCUUGGUGGGCUGUUUGGAGGGUGGAAAGGCUGGUGCUAAAACUAUCUUGCCUACAUAUCCUUGUUCACAACCAUCAGACACAGUCGCCUUUCGGACCUCCUUAUCCAAGUACCUCGAAUCUCUUCGACAUGGAAGCCUAUACGGUUCCGCUUCAAGGAGCUCCUCAUCAGCCCUCGGAAGCAACAGGCAGGGAAAGGAAUCGACUGUGGCAGCAGCGUGGUGGUGGCGGGACGUUGUCGUGCGCAAGACCCUCCUGGAGGAAUGUUCCGGUGAAAAGUUUGAAAGGCUUUUGAUUGCUGUGUCGACCCAUGUUCUGUUUCGUCGGUCGGAUACGUUGCCUUUGGCCAGUGCAGCGGGUGUGCUGCAAAGCCAACCGGUAGCCUAUGCUCGAGCGCUACAUCGCUCUAGAUUAGCUCAAAGGGAAUGGGCCCUUCGAGCUAGCCUUCUUUCGCAAAGGCUGGCUUCAGUGGAAGAGGCGAAGAUGCAGGUACCUGGACCCUCCAGAUUUACAGACACGCCCACAGAGAGGUUAUUGGCUAUCGCGGAAAGCGCCAAAACCCAUCUGAUUGAAAAUUACUGGGGCUCUGACGGAAGCGCAAGCCUCCAAAGGCUUAUCUCGGCCGUCGGAUUGGGCUCUAUUUCGCCAAAGCCCGCUGACUCUGAACCAAGCUCGAACGAAGACUCUUCGUUAUCAAAGAAGAACACCGUCAUACUCCCCGAUCCACUUCCUGUCGCUGCGGCCCAUCAUCCUUCUCGACUGCGCAAAGUGAAAGCGUCACCCCAGAAUCUCACCAAAGGACAACCCAAUCUCGAGGCUAAAUCCAGCGGCAGCUUCAAUUCCCAGAUAUGGGGAGAUCCAUUGGAUCUCGAGUUAGCGCUGAAUCAGUCUCUGAAGAGUGCUCGUGUUUCUGUCAAGGCUUUGAACGAAAAGCUUAAAUCCAGAUGGGGAACGAGUAGUGGCAGGACCCAGUCGAUCGUCGCGGCUUCUACCCUUUGGAGGCCGGCGCUCGAGGAGGAUGCAGUGUGUGAUUUGCCUGUGGUUCAAGCGGAAGAGGUAUAUGAUUAUGAUUAUGAUUAUCGGAUCGAUCAGAUUCGUGAAGAAAUGCUACCUCCAUAUCCAGCGCGUCCAAAUCAAAGCAAAGAACGCCUUCCAGCGAUCGUGUCAAAGAUAGAACGGUCAUCACCGCAUGCGACUGCCACCGGAAAUGAAGAUUCAGCCCGGAAAUCCAACUUGCCUCCUCAACCGCUCUAUGGCAUUGGUAAUUCCACUCGACCGUCGAGGUUCUCUAUUGCCCGGACAAGGCAGACCUCGACCUUGGUCGCAUCUAACUCGAUGGAUGAGGUGGACCAGAUGGUUGACGGGGUCUAUGACAGCUCGACUGAGUCACCACACCUGACAGCUCGGAUGAACGCCUCAUCUUUGCAGUCACAAACACCCAAGAAACGGGUGGCUCCCAACAGGAUUUGGACGUCUGGCACACCGAAGCCUGUGUCGACCGUCCGCAAAGGCAGAGAAUCAUUCCCUAUGGAAUCUCUGCUGGAACCGGCCAUCUCACUUCCUUCGCUGUCUUCGCGGACGUCAAAUCUGUUCGAUCAGGAGAUGAUUAGCGGAAUACUAGAUGCGGAUGAAAGCAUGUUCGAUACCGCCUGGGACGGAUCGCCAUUCAAAGCGGCAGGUCUGCGGCUAGUCGGGGACAACAGGAGCAAGGGUGACCGUGGAGGAUUUGGAAUCUUAGGGGAGGGUGGUGAUGACAUACAAAAGGAAGAACUUGAAGCCCGAGAUGAAUGGCUUAGCGGAGGUGAAGGGCCCAGUGUGACGCUUCGCGAUAUCUUGCUACAAACUGACAUCAGUCAAUUUGACUUGUUGAGCAUCGAGGACGGCGACAGUCUCGAUCAUGGUAUGCUGCUCAGCGAGCAGUCUGUAAUUUGGGAAUGA